ACACUCGGGUGAUAACCACAGACCAGCUUGGUGUGACCCGCUCUUCCACUCUCUCCUCCAAGGAGUCCCAAAUAAUCUCGUGCUUCAGUUCGUAUUUUGAUCAUUUACUUCAAAGAGCCCUAUCAUCAACCUAUUCUUCAAAGAGUCAUUUUAUGAACGUGUUCUUCAGUACUGUGAUCAAUCUGUCCUUCAAUAAGUUCUUUGAUCAACCUACUCUUCAAAGAGUCCAGUGAUCAACAUUCUUGAAUGGCUAGUGUGAUCACCCUGUACUCUAAAUAGUUCAGUGAACUAUCAAAUACCCAAAUAGUUCUGAGAAGUACCCUUACUCCAAACUACCUCGUGAAAAACUCUCCAGUCAAACGUCUCUCCUUAAAAAUGUGUGACAAACAAGAAGAGGCAGUGAAUGGCAGGCAAGAAGAGAAUACAGUGAAUGGCAGGCAAGCAGAGAAUACAGUGAAUGGCAGGCAAGCAGAAGAGGCAGUAGAUGUGAAGCAGUUAGAAGAGGUGAAUGAGGCUCCACAGAAAACAUACCGAAGUCUCAUCACAGAGUCGCACGUCAAACAAGCUCUGAAGGCACAACAAGGCAGCAGUGCACAGCUGCUCUCAUGGACUGUUACAGACUUCACUAACAAGGGCGACAACUACGCAUGCAUCGUGACAAGUGUAGAUGUUUGUUAUCAUAAAGAAGGAAAAGACAGGAAAACCUCAUUUGUAGUUAAAUGUAAUCCAUGUCGGGACCUCCCAAUAUUCAAUGAAUUUUCGACCAUAGUUUUUCAGAAGGAGGCGGGAUAUUACCUGGAACUUUUGCCCUUAUUCAACGCUCAGCUCAGUCUUGUAGGACGUGAACCAAUACGGGCUCCUCACUGCUAUUUUGCUCACUUGACUAAACAAGAGGAAGUUAUAUUUCUUGGAGAUUUGCGCCCGGAAGGUUUCAAAAUGUUUGACCGUAUGAAAGGAAUGGACAAGGCCCACGCUGUCCUUGUCCUCAAGGAACUAGGUAAACUUCACGCUGCCUCUAUCUUAUAUCAGAAAGAAACAUCAGUAGUAUUGGAAGACAAGUACACAUAUAUUCAAAAAGACUUUCACUCAAUGUCUGGAGGCGAUGACUUUAAGAAAAUGCUUACUUCACAAGCCGAGAAUGCAGCAGAGAUAGCAGAGAGAAUCGGUGGGUACGAAAAAGUCGCUGAUUGGCUGAAAGACUUUGCACCAAGUAGUAGCGACGUCUUCCUGGAACAAAUAAAGAAGAGUCCUCCCUUUGAUGUGCUUUGUCAUGGUGACUGCUGGAACAACAACAUCUUGUUCAAGUACGAUGAGACAGGUGUCCCGGUCGAUGUAAGACUGCUGGACUUCCAAAUCAGUCGCAAAGCCUCGCCAGCCACAGACCUCAACUACUUCAUGUACACCAGUUUCAAUGGUCCUGAAAGGAAGGACAAUUUGGAAACCUUCUUGAAUGUUUACUAUGAGUCCUUAAGAGAGGUGCUGGAGGCAGGAGGAACCAAAGCUGAGUUUACAUCUCAGGAACUACGAGAGGAAUAUCACAAGAAGAACUUGUUUGGUUUGAUAAUGGGAAUGAUGGUUGUGCCUAUUGUGGUGAGUCAGGCAGCGGAGAUAAUGGAUCUGGAUAAUAUAACCGAUGCAGACUAUGAAUCGCUUGUAAAGGAGCACAGGGAAAGGAUGUUGAAACAGUUGGAUAGUAAUCCACUUCUGCGACCUCGACUUCUCUCUAUAUUUGAUGAGAUGUUAGAAUAUGGAGUAAUAUCUUAGGUGGUAAUCUUAAACAGAUCUUGUUAAUAGUAUCAGUGAUUGUUAAAGAUUGUUGAAUGAAUGUUUAUAAGGGAAGAAAUAUUUGCAUAUUUAAUAUUUUAGAAACUCAAAUUCAGAUUAAUAAUUUACUUCCACAUGAUACGUUGUUUGUUCAAAAAAUGAAUAACAGUUAAUAACGCAUGUAGAAAGUCCAUUGUUAUGCAGAGCAUUUCGGGCAAACUUAAGCCUCAAUGAAGACUACAUGAGCAAUAUAUAUAUAUAUAUAUAUAUAUAUAUAUAUAUUAUAUUUAUUUUUAUUUUUUUUUAUCACAC